CAAAACAGACCAAUACCAUCGCACACGUCCAGCCAACCCAGUACAACCGUAUUUUUAGACCGCGUCGACCGCUCGCGCUCUUACAAUCACCAGAUGUUUUAUAACCAAAACCAAAAGCUACGAUGCAUCUGUGAUUUAUACUGAUUAGUGUGUAAAAUAGUGUGUUAUUUAACUAGUGAAAUAAAGUGAAAUGUGGACAUUAUGACGAAGGGCUUGAAUCAUUUUCGGCGCCCGCGCUUCAGGGGCGGGAAACGGCGGGGCUCGGCAGAUUCAAACUACUCCCAGCCAUCCUCGGAACUGUCGCUGGACGAAGACAAGGAGGCUCUGCGCCGCGAGAAGGAAGCGCAGGCUCUCUCACAGCUGGAUAAGGCCCGAUCGAAACCGGUGGCGUUUGCAGUACGCACGAACGUCGCAUACGAUGGCACGCUGGACGACGACUCGCCCGUGCAUGGCAGCGCCAUCUCCUUCGAAGUGCGUGACUUCCUGCAUAUCAAGGAGAAGUACGACAACAACUGGUGGAUCGGGCGGCUCGUGAAGGAGGGCGAGGACGUGGGCUUCAUCCCGUCGCCCGUAAAGCUGGAGGCCGUGCGCACGGGGCUGCAGUCGCGCGGCCGCUACGCGCGCCCGCAGUCCGCGGGCCAGCCGCUCCCCAGCCGAGGUAGCACCCCUCCCACGCCCGAUGUGCCCACGAUCGAUCGAGGUGAAGACUCGGACUCAGCCGGCAGAGGUCGCGGCGCAGGAGCAUUACCCGCGAGUAAGGAAAAAAGAAAACCGUUCUUCAAAAAGCAGGAGGCCUGCACGCCAUAUGACGUGGUGCCUUCGAUGCGGCCCGUGGUUCUUGUAGGACCGUCGUUGAAGGGCUAUGAGGUCACGGAUAUGAUGCAGAAGGCAUUGUUCGAUUUUCUCAAGAGACGGUUUGAGGGCAGGAUCAUCAUCACCCGGGUGACCGCGGAUAUUUCCUUGGCGAAGCGGUCCUUGCUCAAUAACCCGACAAAGAAACCCAUAAUGGACAGAACCAAUUCCAGAACCAAUUGUCUGGCUGAAGUACAGACGGAAAUCGAACGGAUAUUCGACCUGGCGCGGACGUUACAGCUGGUUGUGUUAGACUGUGACACUAUCAACCAUCCUUCGCAACUGGCUAAGACGUCACUAGCACCCACGAUCGUCUACUUGAAGAUAUCCAGUCCAAAGGUGCUACAGCGGUUAAUAAAAUCCCGCGGUAAGGGGCAGAGUAAGAACCUGUCGGUGCAGAUGGUGGCGGCAGAGAAACUGGCGCAGUGUCCGCCGGAGAUGUUCGACGUCAUCCUGGACGAGAACCAGCUGGAGGAGGCUUGUAGCCGCAUCGCGGAACACUUAGAGAAAUACUGGGCAGCCACGCACCCCCCGCCGGUGGCGCCGAGUGCGCGCGCGCCGCACGCGCCGCUGCCGCACCCGCACGCGCACCCCAACCCGCACCCGCACUCGCAGCAGGCGCAACCUGGUAGAGCGCGCGUCCCGCGGCCGGAGAGACUGGAGGAGGAGUACUACCCGCGAGAGGACUACCGGCGGUAUCCGCGCGAAUACCCGCGAGAGUACCACGAGGGGUAUUCCCACGACUACCCUCACGGGGACCCGUACGAGCGAGAGGCGUAUGGACACGACUACACGAGGGACUACCCGCGGGACUACCCCCGGGAGCCGUAUCCCCGGGAAUCCAGGGAGGAAAGAAGAGAAAGGGCGAGGGAUCGGGAACCCUCGGACGAAUAUGGUGCAUCCCGUCGCGCGCUCAACGCGGUGUAAUGGCACUAAUGGACGAACUGACUGCCAACCAUCCGGCUAUUAGAACCAUGAUUCUUAUAAUCUAAACUGUUUCAAAGUGAAGAAGUUCAGUUCCCAAUUCCUUCCACUUCAGUGAAAACGGGGAUACAAAAGAAUUUUAAUCUGGUUUUAAUCCUCUUUUCUUACUAAAGAGGAAAAAAACUGAACUUUUUCUGUUUUGUUCGAUUUGUUGUUAAAGUCCUGCCGUUUAUCUGAGAUGGUACCUCUGGUAGCUGCGUGGUACGAGAGGGAUGAUUUUGGAAGUCACUCUUUUAGCACACCGAAGCUACCUCAGUAACCUUAAGUACAAGGUUUUUGAAUUUCACCAACUACAGAAUUCAAGCGUCAAAACACUUAAGCGUCAAAGUAAAAUUGGCCUUAAGACCUUUUGUCUUAAAGUUCAAGUUCCUCCAUUACAUUUACAGCCAGCGCUCCAAGCGGAUACCUCAUAAAUUAUACUCAGUGGUACUGAAUUUUUGACUUUAAAUCAAGGUCGUUUAAGUCCAUUUUACCCUGACAUUAUUGUGUUUUGAUGCUCGAAUUCUAUCAAGGUUGGUGAGGUGUAAAAUCUCAUACUAACCAUACUUGAAACAUCUCAAUAAACAGUAGGGUUAUACAUACCUUAUUAUUUAUGGUAAUUUUGGUCUUGGUGGUCGUCUAUGUCGUCCGUUAGAACUGUUACACGUGUAGUUCAGCUCCGCAUUGUAUCCCUACCAGGAACUUUACAUUUUGCCGUAUCUCGCAUUGUCGCUUCAAUUUUAUCGCCAGUGAAAGUAGUGAGAGAACGAGUCUGCGUCACCAUCGAAUUCUUCCUUGCUUGUAUUACCAAAUUUGUGAUUGGUCGAAUGCUUGGCAUAGCAAACUUGUGAUUGGUUGAAUGCUUGGCAUAGCAAAGUAGCAAAAUUGUGAUUGGUUGAAUGCUUGGCAGAGCAAAACACCAAAACUGAACCUUCAUUGCUGAGACCCCUUUUAUUGAUGAAAAUGAUAAGAGUUUUCUUGGGACAAUAAAACGGUUUGUAAACCUGCAUUAACAGGAAAUAAAUGAUCGAUGUAUUGAUUGAUUGAAAGUCUGGUAAUACAGGAAGUGAGAGUUGGGACGCAUCUCGUCGACAUUAGUGACGUUUGAGUAACUGGCGCCACAGCUUCCAAGUCUAAUAGAAAAAUUUAAUAGACUCCUUAUUCGAUGAGCCUGCUCACAGAGUGCAUUGCGUGACGCAGCGCGCGCGACUUUCGCCCUUGGCACCCCGUCAUGUGCCCAUUGCAUAAAGGUUCGAAACUCGUGGGAAAGGGUCGUGCGCAUACGCUGAUAAAAAUAUUGUGAGUUUAGCCGGUUAUACAUACAAUACAUAUACAGAUUGUAACCAGAACGCUAGCAAAAACAAAGACAGGUGAUAAUACUGACGAUUACUGAUAAGAUACUACAAAAAAACGCAAUAAAUGAGUAAAAAUCACUAAAACUUCAAAAUAAGGCAAAUUAUAUACUACCCUAGUAAGGUUCUGGCAUUGGAUUGUGUUUAGAUAGUAUAGUAAGUUUUUUUCUAGCGAUCUGGGUUUGGUACCUGUAUAUAAUACAAGAAUACUUCUAUUGUAAUAAGAAUGAAACACGUGUACCAAACACAAUAUAUGUACAUAUAUUGUACAUAUAGCAUAUUAUUAAAAAGUCAUAUAAUAUAUCGUAGGGAUGCAAUGCGGAUCGGUACGCAGGUGGUGCUAUAGUGACGGAUUGUUUUGCGAUUUAUUCGUACCUAUGUCUUCUGCUCGGACUUAUACAUUGUACGGUUGCAUUCUGGUCCUACUUUGUGUUCUGGUUCUGUUAUGGGACGGGUUAUAGUUAUCAAUAUUUACUAUAAUUUCUCUAGUGAUAAAAUUAUGUGAAAUAUUCGAACAGUUUCGAUGUAUAAUCCUUAAACUUAUUGGAGAACUUGCAUAAUAUCCGAUACUGAACAAACAUUUUAGAUUAUACCCCCUUCCAUGUAAAUCCGUUUUAAGUCGUAGCUCACUUACACGACACCGCUUCUGCACGCUAAAAGAAUUAACAUUCAAAUAUGGGUUGAAUGUCGGAUUCUGUACAUAUAUUUAACAGUGACAACAUACAAUUGCUAACAACAUGCAGCGAGCGAACUUGCCGCAAUCUAGCCACUCGAUGGUUGACGUCUGGCUUACCACGCGCUCCAAACGGCCCACGCGUCUACAGCGUGCAGACCACUUGAGCAAGUUGUACGUGCGCAGCUUAGGGAGCUUUCAUCCUUUGGACAGUGAGCUGUCUGCUAGCUGUUGGCGCGUGGACAACUAGCGGUCACUUCGAUCUGAGGCAGAGCCGAGCGUGUGUUGUGUGGGAACUGGUGGGAACGGUGUCGUGUAAAUGAGCUACGACCUUUUCUCUUCUUACAGAAUUUUAUCUGGCAGUGUCGUCACUUACUUACUUAAUUUAUGACUCUAAUCAAUAAUAGCUCAGAUAAAAAUCAAGCACAAACUGAAUUAGGUGCACCAUAGAAGCUUCUAUAGUGAAUUUUAUAAUGAAGGGGUCGCAAGGCUAGUUAAACUUAUACCUACUUCACUUUUCUCUUUUGGUUCGCGACAU